AUGUAUCAUCAGCCAGGAGACUUCAUUAUUGGUGGCAUAGCUUUUCAUGGUGUCUUUAUCUCCAGUCCAAGAGCCUUCAGUGAAGAAGCUCUACCAGACAUGCAUGAAGAACUUGUCAUAGUACCCAAGAAAUACCAGCAAAUUGUGGCCUUUGCAUUUGCCAUAAAAGAGAUCAAUGAAAACCCUAAGAUAUUACCAAACCUCACCUUGGGCUUCCGUAUCUAUGACAGCUAUGACAAUGCAAGAAGAACCUAUCAUGCAACCAUGCUACUUAUAUCAUUGGUGGAUAGAUUGGUCCCCAACUAUAUGUGCAACAUCCAGAAUAAUCUCAUAGCAGUUAUUGGGGGAUUAGAUCCAGAAAUCUCUCUUCAUGUGGCAAAUAUCUUGGAUAUCUAUAAGAUUCCACAGCUCAUAUAUGGAACUGCUCCAGUCAUGAAUGAUAAGACUCCAGGACUUUCCUUCUACCAGAUGGUUCCUCAGGAAGCCCUUCAGAAUGAGGGGAUUCUCUCCUUGCUCCUGCAUUUCAGGUGGACAUGGAUUGGACUUGUUUAUAUAGAUAAUGACAAUGGAGAAAGAUUUGUGCAAACUGUGUCUCCAGUGUUUUCCCAGAGAGGCAUCUGUUUUGCCUUCAUAGAAAAAAUCCCCAAAUUGACUUACAUCACUGAAAUUUAUGGCAUGCUAGAAAAGGGAGCAAAAAUAUAUGAUAAACUGGUGGACAGGAAAGCCAACGUAGUGGUGGUCCAUGCAGAAUCAUAUUCUAGUGCAAUUUUUAAACAUUUGCCAUAUAUAUCACAGCGAGCGCAUAGGACAAAUGAAAUUAAAGGCAAAGUAUGGAUAACGACAGCCCAGAUGGAGAUCAGUUCAUUUCCCUACCAAAAGAAUUGGGAUGCAGAUCUAUUCCAGGGUGUUCUCUCCUUCAGGAUGCACUUCAAUGACCUACCAGGAUUCAAGUCAUUUGUGGGGAACAGAAAUCCUUUCAGCACAAAAGGAGAUGGUUUCAUCAGGGACUUUUGGCAACAAGCUUUUCAGUGUAUAUUCCCAGAUACAGCAGAGGAUGAUAUGGAAGUUGAAGUUUGUACUGGCAGGGAAAGGUUGGAGAGCCUCCCUGGAUGUUUUUUUGAAACGACGAUGACUGGCCAAAGCUACAGCAUCUACACUGCUGUCUAUGCUGUGGCCCAUGCUCUACAUGCUCUACAUGACAUGUCCUCAACUAAAGACAAACACAGGGCAAUGAUGGAUAUUAAGAGAAACAGCCUUCAGAAUGAUCAGUGGUGGCAGCUCCAUCAAUUUCUCAGAGGCAUCUCAUUUAACGGCAGUGCUCAAAAUGAAGUUUUCUUCAAUGAGAAUGGAGAGGUAGUUGCUGGACUGGAUGUUACUAAUUUGAAAAUUUUCUCCAAUGAAACUUUUCUUCAAGUGAAAGUAGGGAGGAUGGAUCUUCAGGCUUCUCCAGACCAAGCAUUCACCAUUGAUGAGGAUGCCAUCAUAUGGCACAGCUGGUUUAACCAGACACGACCACAUUCUGUAUGUACUGAGAGUUGCCAUCCUGGUUCUAGCAGGAGAGUGAAGGAGGGGGAGCCAAACUGCUGCUUUGACUGCAUCCCAUGUCCAGAAGGCAAGAUUUCAAACCAGGAAGAUAUGAAUGACUGUAACAAAUGCUCAGACAAAGAUUAUCCAAGCAAGAAUCGGGAUUUCUGCAUUCCAAGGACUCUUACUUUUUUGUCUUAUGAAGAACCUCUGGGGCUGAGUUUAGCCUUCUUUGCUCUUUCCUUUUCUUUGAUUACAGCUCUGGUGAUGGGAAUGUUUGUGAAGCACCACAGCACUCCUAUUGUCAAAGCCAACAACCAGAUCCUCACCUACACUCUCCUCAUCUCCCUCCUGCUCUGCUUCCUUUGCACAUUGCUGUUUAUUGGCCGUCCUCAGAAGAGGACGUGUCUCCUCCGACAAACCGCAUUUGCCAUCAUCUUCUCCAUGGCUGUCUCUUCUGUACUAGCAAAAACCAUCAUGGUAGUUCUGGCUUUCAUGGCCACCAAACCAGGAUCCAAGAUGAGGAAGUGGUUGGGGAAGGAACUAGCCAUCUCCAUUGUCCUUUCCUGCUCCCUUAUCCAAACAGGGAUCUGUACUGUGUGGUUGGGAACAUUUCCCCCAUUCCCAGAUGUUGACAUGCACUCAGUGGCUGAAGAAAUUGUACUAGAAUGUAAUGAGGGCUCUGUGUCAAUGUUUUACUGUGCCCUGGGCUACAUGGGCUUCUUGGCAUUUAUCAGUUUCACUGUGGCCUUCCUCUCCAGGAAGUUACCUGGCAGUUUCAAUGAGUCCAAGUUCAUCACUUUCAGCAUGUUGGUCUUCUGCAGUGUUUGGUUAUCUUUUGUUCCAUCCUACCUAAGCACCAAAGGUAAAAACACGGUGGCUGUGGAGAUCUUCUCCAUCCUAGCCUCCAGUGCUGGAUUGCUGAGUUGCAUCUUCUUCCCCAAAUGUUACAUUAUUGUGUUGAGGCCUGAGCUGAACAACAGAGAACAGCUAAUAAGAAGAAAAAAGUAA